AUGAGCUCGACCUCUACUUCAGCUCCAGUUGGCGCGUCCACAUCUUUGCCUGGUGUGCAGAAUGGCCAGAAACACGGAUCACCUCGAACGGGUAAUGGUCACGUGCAGAACAUCGUCAGAAGCAAUAGACAGCAUUCUCAGGGACCCACUCCUAUACAUCAAAGCCAUCAUCAAGGAUAUCAACAGCCACCCCAGACGCCGUUUGAUCUUUCCUAUGGUGCAUCCUUGCUUCCGUCGCAUUUACUGAUGACCUCUCCGUUCAUAACGACACCAAACUCUAGUGUACCUCAACGCAUUCAUGGACAUUAUGGAUACCACGGCCAUCAUGGACACCAUCAGCAACCGCACGGGCCGUACGGCUCAUUUGCAAGUCCUUAUGGCUCGUCGCUGCCUCUACGGAUGCCUCCUGUAAAUGAAAAACGCAGAUUUCGCAAUAGUAAUAGCUAUCGGCGUGACGACGGUGUACGUCAAAUUGCAUACGAGAUUGUGUUUCGAAUUUUGCCUCGUACUGUUACUGAUGAUGAGUCUCGCACUCGAUCACUACUGUUUUCAAAUUUGUCCCAAGAGCUGCAUUUGCACGAGUUCCUAGGGAAAUUCGACAGAUGUGAUAGGAUUGAGAGUGUCUAUCGUGUAGAUGUUGAGCAGCAGUCUAUCUUGGUAAGUUUUCUGACCCAAGAAACGUGUUUGGACUUUUACAAUGGAGUUUUACAAAAACUCUCGGAAUUCAAGAAAGAAUUGAAAUCCCCAGAGCUCACGCUGAAUUUUGUGCAUUUGGAAGACAUCAACUCAGGGCCAGCUUCACAAGACGUAAAAACCGAGGUUCUGCGCAUGGGCGCCUCGAGAUCCGUGGCUCUGGAAUUUAGCUCAGAGAUCAGCUCGCAAGUACUCUUUGAAAUGUUUCCAUUUUUCAACAACACUGGCCCUCGCUAUGUUGUUGAAUGCAUCGAAUUUGUUAAUACGGAUCGAAUCUCAAAGAAUUUUGGCUCUCACUAUGCCGUCGUCCACUUCAUUAGCAUCGCGAUGGCCAUCGAGACCAUGGAGUACCUGAGAGCUCACCACCAAACCCUCCCGGAUUUGCAAAAAUUUUACUACGUUAAUAUCACUUCUACUUCUGGUAAGUCAGACGUCCGCAUGCUGUCCAGUUUUCAAACUACCAAAGACAUAACCCCACAGACAUCCAAUCCUCCGUUGGCAGUCACAGACGAAAUUAAGUCUCUUGGUUCUAAGCUUCAACAAGCUACUUUGCAAGCACAAACCAUAACAAUCGGACCAGAAAAAUACGGCUCGCCUACACUGGAGAGUUAUGACGAACAUUUACCUCAUAUAACUGCAUCCAAGCCCCUCGGCAUGAAUUCUUCCAUGAAUGGCUCUUCGGCAAGUCUUACGUCUCCAUCCCCACAAGAGGUAAUGAUCAAUGAUUUUGAGGAUUCUUCCUCGCGCAGCAGUGCAGUUUCGCUAGGUCCACCGGGUACUCCAGGACCAGGCUUUAAUCUACCAGGUUAUCCGUACUACAUGGAUAUGUCAAAUCCUUUGGGACAUACUUUGCAGCAACAAUUUAAUACAGCUGCACAAGUCGCAACAACUAUGGGCGGUGGCUUGGGCAACAGGACAGUUUACAUUGGCAAUAUUAAUCAGCGGUCCAAGGCAGAAGAUAUCUGUAACGUAGUUCGUGGUGGGUUGCUUCAAAGUGUGAAAUUUAUUGCACCAAAACAAAUUUGUUUUGUAACAUUUAUUGAAGCUGCUGCUGCAGUUCAGUUUUUUGCCAACUCUUCUAUUGAGCCGAUUGUUUUACAUGGUAACGUACUGAAAGUUGGCUGGGGACACCACUCGGGUGAUCUGCCUCAAUCAAUUUCUUUGGCUGUCACCAUUGGUGCCAGUAGAAACGUCUAUGUUAGUUUGCCUGAGCACGCUUUUAAGGACAAAUUCGUCAACGACCCGGAAUUUGAAAGUCUCCAAGAGAAGUACAAGCUACCAAAUAAAGAAGCCUUGUUAAAAGAUUUCAGAACUUAUGGCGACAUUGAACAAAUCAAUUUUCUCCAGGAUGGUCAUUGUUGCUGGAUCAAUUUUAUGAAUAUUUCCAAUGCAAUCAAACUUGUGGAAGAUGCCAAUAACAAUAGGAAUGGCGAGGUUUUUCACGAAAAUUUCGAAAAUAGGUACCGAGGGCUAAUAAUAGGCUACGGUAAAGACCGUUGUGGCAAUGUGAACAAGAAUUUAGUUGCAAACAAAAACUCAAAGCACUAUAAAAAGGUGAAAAAGACGAGUUACAAAAUUAGAAUGCAUCAACAACAGAACAAUGACGUCGAUGACUCUGAUGCAAAUGGCACCCGUACAGAUCCUGGGAAGACGAUACAAGCAGGCGCAUUUGGUAUAAGUGUUGGAAGCAAACUUCCUGUCAGAGAUUUAGAUGAAGAGGAAAAACUAGAAGAAACGGAGCUUCUGCGAUUGAGCCACCGCGUCAAUAAUGCAGAUGGAGGUUUGGGUAUUUCCCUACCUGAAGGUGAAGCAAAUCCAAAAGGUAAAGAUGACGACUGUGCGUCAACCGAUUCUUCGGAGGUUGACAUCAUUGUGUCUGAUCCAAACUCUGCAAAUCAUUCACAACUAGAGGAUAGUGACGAGCAACGCAAGAAGAAACUUGAAGAAAAGAAGAGCAAAGGAAAGGCUAAGGCUGUUGAUACUCUUUAUGCUUUUAAUGGGUUUUCGCCAAUGGUUUCGAGCACAUCGCUGGACGCUGUACCACCUUUGGCACCCUCGACUGUCAUCCGCCACUUCCAUGCUGCUGCAAAGAAUGGGAGAAAGAACGAAGCUUCCAGUAGAGACCAGUCGAGUGAUGGAAAAUCCAGAAGUUCGCAGUCGCAAAAUCCGUCGAGACGCCGCAAGUCUAAAGCAAUUCCCGGUUCUGAUGUGAUGGCUCAGUAUUUGGCGCAAUUGCAACACUCCACAUUUAUGUACGCUGCUAAUAUUCUGGGUGUGGAUGACGGAGAUGCGCCAGUAUACUAUGACGAGAACGGCGUAGCUGAACCUCUCACCUAA